ACCCUUAAGCCUCUUCUCUUUCUGCACAAUACUCUCCCUACAAGUGUAAGUUUCUCCUUUGCACUUGUCAGCCAUGGCUAAAACCGUAAUAACAGCUCUUCUCUUUGCCCUCUUUUCGUCCUUAUCGUAUGCAAUUGACAUGUCCAUCAUAGACUACAAAGUUAACCAAGAUAAGGAGGUGAAGGAAAUAUAUGAACAGUGGCUGGCAGAGCAUGGGAAAGUAUAUAAUGCCUUGGGAGAAAAAGAAAAAAGAUUUGAGAUUUUUAAGGAUAAUUUGAGGUUCAUUGAGGAACAUAACAACGUUGAGCAUCGAACGUACAAGGUAGGAUUAAACCAAUUUGCUGAUCUUACGAACGAGGAGUACCGGGCCAUGUAUUUGGGCACGAGAAGUGACGCUAGGCGGCGCUUUGUGAAGUCCAAAAUCCCAAGCCAGCGUUAUGCUUCUCGGCCCAACGAGCUGCUGCCUCAUUCUGUGGAUUGGAGGAAGAGAGGUGCUGUUGCUCCUAUUAAAAAUCAAGGGGGUUGUGGAAGUUGCUGGGCCUUCUCAACAGUGGCAGCAGUGGAAGGCAUAAACCAGAUCGUAACAGGGGAAAUGAUCGCACUAUCCGAACAAGAACUUGUAGAUUGUGACAAAGCCCAUAACCUUGGUUGUAAUGGCGGCCUAAUGGACUAUGCCUUUGAAUUUAUCAUCUCCAACGGUGGCAUGGACACUGAAAAUCACUACCCUUAUCGCGGCGUUGAAGGCAGAUGCGAUCCUGUUCGGAAAAAUUAUAAGGUUGUUAGCAUUGAUGGUUAUGAAGAUGUGCCUAGAUAUGAAAGAGCACUUCAAAAAGCUGUCGCACAUCAACCUGUUAGCGUAGCAAUUGAAGCAUCUGGCAGGGCUUUCCAGCUCUAUUCCUCGGGCGUGUUUACGGGAAAAUGUGGAGAGCAAGUAGACCACGGUGUUGUGGUGGUUGGUUACGGUAGUGAAAAUGGAAAGGAUUAUUGGAUAGUGAGGAACUCGUGGGGUACAAGGUGGGGAGAAAAUGGCUAUGUCAAAAUGGAGCGUAAUGUAAAGAACAGUCACUUGGGCAAGUGUGGAAUUAUGACUGAGGCUUCUUAUCCUAUUAAGGAUGGCAUAAAUAAACGUAUUACUUCAAAUGAAGAAAUGAUUAGCAGUAUCUGAAGAAGUCUGAUUUUCUCAGCUGCUUUGCAUUUUGGGGGAUUCAUGGCUUAUGUGAUAUUUUAUGAUGUUUGUUUUAGUUGAUUAUUAAUUAUUGUAAAUAUUUCCAAUUUCAAGGGCAAUAUUGUACUCGCAAGAACAAUAGUUGAGUGUUGGUUGCAAUGUAUUUCUCUGUUUGUGUUUUGCUUAA